UUUAAUGCAUUUCAAAUAUUUUUGGAAGUUAUAAUUCAAUAACGUUAAGUUUCCUAAUUACUUUUUUCUAACAACUUUGUCCUUAAACGUUGAUAAAAGACAUUAGAAGAGCGUUGGUAACGAGGUUGAUAGAUAAGAUAGUCAGAAUUGCUCAUAUUUAAGCUACUAAUCUUAUUUUACCCAUUCGAAAACAUUUUGUGGAGAUGAAGAAAUACGACGUAAUGAAAGGAAUUGUAGAAUCUCUUGGCAUUAACAAAUCGCAUACAAGAGUUGCUACUACAGCCCUACUUUGGUUGCUAAGUUACACCGCCACAACGAUUUCCACUGUUCAUGCAUUGCCAAAGAAAGGGAAGAAUGGUGAUAAUGGACGACUCCAUGUGACCGAUUGGUUGUUUUUGUCCGUACUACAAGCUGGAGUUGCAGGAAUCGUUGCUCUGGUUUGUUCAAGAUAUAUUAUAGAUGCAAGAUUACAUGCAAGAAAAAAUGUAAUAUUUGCAUCUUUGGCAAAUACAAUUGGACUUUUUACAUUAAAUUUAGCUUUUAGCUUAUUUCCAUCGUCCACAAAUGUUUUGGUCAUAAAAUCUUCUGAGUUUGUUUUCACUUUCAUAAUUGCUGUUGUGUCAAAGAGAAAAUACUAUACUUGGGCACAUUUGGUAACGAUAUUCAUAAUUGUUCAAGGAAACUUCAUUUACUUCAAUCCUAUUUCAAGAACUAGCAUGUAUGCGCUGGCAGCUGCUUUCGUGUCCAAUACUGCAUUCGCCCUGCGCAAUAUAUUCCUUCAAUUCCAUGAAAGCAAACGAAGCAACGAAAAAUUUGCUGUUAUGACAAUGUGGAGUCUUAUUUUCAGCUUGCCAGUGUUUUCUUUUGAUUUUAAAACCAAUGCAAAUAUCACUAACAUCAAUAUAUGGAUGCUAAUUGCUAUAGUUUCAUAUAUACUAUACAAUUUACUUUCAGUUGUUAUAAUACGACAUGCUUCAUCAAGUAAUUACUCUGCUCUGACUUUGAUGAAGUGCAUUUUUGCAAUCGUAAUUCACUUGAUUUAUUUUUCAAUUUUUUUAUCCGUGAAAAUGAAGAUUGGUAUUGUCGUGUUGUUUUGUGGUUUAGCUUUAUUUGUUUACGUCAGUUAUGCAGAAGAAGAAUGUCACCACAAAAGCAGGAACCAGUUAUCCAAAAAAAUAUGGGUCCUGAUUUUAAUUCUUUUAACCUUUUACGUAGGAAUUCGCACAGAUAAAAACAUUGCCUUAAACGAAAACAAACCGAAGAAUAUUUUUACUUCUUGGGUGUAUAAUAAAGAUGUACCUUCGCAAUUCGUCGAAGAAGUAAAAUGGAUUGCGCGUGAGCAGAAUAAUUCUACUAUUUUUAUAUAUUGUGCAACUACUAGAUGCAUGAAGGCAUGUGAAACAAUACGGUCAAUCAAUGUCAAAGUUGAAUUUCUUUAUCUGUAUGAUUUAAUUAAAGACACAGCGUUUCAUGAAUGGAUGAAAAAAUUACCAUUGAUUAAAUUGCUAGCUGGCGAACGUUUUGAAGAUUUACUACAACAUGUCAUCCGUUUAAGCUUACUGUACAAGUAUGGUGGCAUCUUCGUCAAUCUAAAGUAUCGGUUGAGCGACUCCCCUCUCUUUUUCUUUAACACCACAGCUUGGAUUGCAAGAAAUCCGCAAUUAAGCUUAUUAGAUAUCUGUUACUUUCCGCAACGUAGUCACUUUUUAUUGUAUUUAUCAGAAGCUUUAGUAGAUCAGUAUACUUUAAAGCACAAUUUAGAACAAUGCCCAAAAAACUUCCAACUAGAUGAACACAUCAACACGAUGUAUCAAAAGUAUCAUGACAGACAGAGCUGUGAAAAAACUGUCAUUACAGAUGUUACAGUUCACAACGUUAAAAAGAUGCUCUAUUUUGUAAAUAAACAAAAUCAUUUCGCCACUCUUUCUUUUCAAUCGCGUGGCAUCCUGGGUGGUGGUAACAUUGGUGAUGAGAUCCAGGGAUAUGCUGGUAUGCAGUUUCUACCAUACAUUGACACCUUUAUUGAUCGUAAAAACUUAACGGUACCUACGUCGCAAAAAACAUCCGACACUGUUGUGUUUUUAAAUGCAUGGUGGGGAAAUCCAGAAUUUAAUUGGCCACCGAAAAAUUCAGUAUCACCUCAGUUGAUAUCAAUGCAUCUACAGUCGGUCGUGUGGCCAAAGUUCUCGCAAUAUAUUUCCUAUCUAAAGGACCGGAAACCGAUCGGGGCACGUGAUUUCUCUACUUUGUACUGGUUGCAGAGUCAAGGGGUUCCAUCUUAUUUUUCCGGUUGUUUGACGUUAUUUUUAAGAAACUACUAUGAAGACAAGGAUCGAAGUGAUGAAAUUUACGUUGUCGACGUCAAACCUGAAUAUCAACGACUUAUUCCAAGCCAUAUUGAAUACAAAAAACUCACACAUGACCAUAAAGAUAAAAGAUUUAAUGUUAUCUCGCUGUAUUCGAUUUCCUAUGAGCGCAUUGAGAUGUACUCUAGAGCUAAACUUGUCAUCACUCAACGAAUUCACGCAGCUCUUCCGUGCGUCGCAUUGGGAACUCCAGUUAUAUUUAUCAACACCCCGAAUAUGCCGGGGGCAGGAGGGUCGGCUAAACAAGCGUCACCUCGUACAACAGGACUUACAGGGUUGUUUCACACCUUAAAUAUGUAUCAAACACGGAAGAUUUUCGCGAGGAUAUUCUUCAAGGAAUUUAAUUGGAACAACCCUCCUCCUAACCCUGGAUAUGGAUUAUUAAUGAAAUUAAGAGCAACACAGUGGAAUGUGUUGAGAAGAAAUCCAAUUUUUUACGAUUCAGCUAAAAGGUUCGGCCUCAUUCCUCCAACAACAAUAAUUCAAGCAGAAUUAUUUAAACUCGAUAUUCACAUGGUCUACCACUCUAGCACUGGACAGACUACGAGAUUGGAUAAUUUUUCCUUACGAGUGGUCGAAUCACUGUUGCAUCAUCAUCCUUCCGCACAGUUAAUGAUAUACCAUACCAAUAAACUUGAACAAAAAGAAUUUGAUGUGCUCUCUGAAGUUGGAUAUAACAUUAGAAUCAAAACUUAUAAUCUAAAACAUUUAAUCGAACAAUCAAAUAUCGACUCUUUAAAGAAAUUUAUUGAACGUCCAAAUAUUAUGCAAUGCCAGCAUCUACCGCUGAUAAAAUUACUGCUUUUAUACAACGUAGGCGGUGUGUUCAUUGAGCAAAACGUUAUUGUUACAAAGCCAUUUCUGCUAAUUCAGCAAAACACAUUGGAUGGCAUAAACACCUCUGUGAUAUCUUUUAUGAAGUUUGAAAAGCAAAACCCGUUAGUAAAAAAAAUGGCAGAUUUAUACGUUGAGCGCUAUCACCACAAAGAGGAUUGUACAAAUUAUAUCCAAUCAUCUCUAUUGAACCCGUUUAUUGGUGAAAAUCCUAAUACUAAUCAACCAAUAAUAAGGCAUUUAUCACGUGAGGAUGUAACAAAGUGCGUAAAAGACACGGUCACACUUACGGAGGAAUCGCAUGGUAUUGCAAUAUCUCAGGUUGAUUUAGAAAGAAAUUUUAAUAUGUACAACACUUCAAGAGGAUCAACAUGUAACUACCUUUUAAACGAAUUUUGUGUACUAUGUAGUAUACUAUACUAAAUGACAAAAGGUGGGAAUUAGAAUUUUAACGUUAAUUCUGGAAUUAAGGUUAAUUCCAAUCUUAUUCUGUGAAAUCUUCUUAUAGUGGACAUCCUUUACAGCGGACGCUUCUUUACAGGAGACACUUUUCCUAGCAACGGAUAAAACAAUGGUCAAACUCUUAUAACCUCUGUACAUAUUUUUCGAUUAUUUUAUCAUACCCUAAAAC